ACGCAGGCAGGGAAAGGUCCAUUUUUGUGUCCCGACUGCGGGAAGUCUUUCACCCAUAAACGUUCCCUCAUUAUGCAUCAGCGAACCCACACCAACGAGCGCCCAUUUCCUUGCCAGGAUUGCGGCAAAUGUUUCAAAGUGAAAUUUUGCCUUGAUCGACAUGCGGAACUUCAUGAAAACAAGGCUGCGUUGUCAUGCUCGGAGUGCGGCAAGUCUUUCGAAAAGAGAUCUGAACUCCAUGUGCAUCAAAGGAGUCACGCCGGCAAGGAGAUCUUCUCUUGCCCAGACUGCGAAAAAUCAUUCAUAAGAAAGUAUGACCUGGUUGUACACCAGAGAGUCCACACCGGUGAACCACCUUUUUCAUGUUCCGAUUGCAAGAAGUCCUUUAAAAAUAGGCGGGAACUCGUUCGGCACCAGAGAGUCCACACCGGGGAAAAACCCUUCUCGUGUUCUGUGUGCGGAAAGUCCUUCGCCCAGAAAUCGCAGCUCAAUACACACCAAGUGGUCCACACCGGGGAGAAGCCCUUUUCCUGUUCCGAAUGCGGCAAAUGCUUCCCCAGUAAAGGAAACCGUGACAAGCACAUGAGGAUUCACACCGGGGAGAAGCCGUUUUCCUGUUCCGAUUGCGGCAAAUGUUUUGCACAGAAAAAAUCAAACUUUGUGGAACAUCAGCGAGUUCACACUGGCGAAAAACCCUUUUCGUGUUCCGAGUGUGAGAAGUCCUUCAAGAGGAAAUCGAAUCUCGUUGAGCACCAGCGAACCCACACCGGUGAAAAACCAUAUUCGUGUUCCGAGUGCGGGAAAUGCUUCAAAAAGAAAUCGAAUCUCAUCGUACAUCAGAGGAUUCACACAAGUGAAAACCCCUUUUCCUGUUCCGAGUGUGGGAAGUCCUUCAAAAACAAAUCGAAUCUCAUUGUGCACCAGAGCAUCCACACCAGCGAAAAACCGUUUACAUGUCCCGAGUGUGGGAAGUCCUUCACAAACAAAUCCAAUCUCUUUGAACACCAGAGAAUCCACACCAGCGAUAAAUGCUUUUCGUGCUCCGAGUGUAAGAGGUCCUUCAUAAACAAAUCCAAACUCGUCCAGCAUCAGAGAAUCCACACCGGGGAGAAGCCCUACUUGUGUACCGAGUGCGGAAAGUCUUUCAGCCUGAAAUCGAUACUCAAAAUACACCAGAGAGUUCACACCGGCGAAAAGCCCUUUUCCUGUUCCGAGUGUGGGAAGUGCUUCUCCAAUAAAGGGAACUGUGACAAGCACAUGAGGAUUCACACCGGGGAGAAGCCGUUUUCCUGUUCAGAAUGCGGCAAAUGUUUUGCGCAGAAAGUGACGCUAAUUAUCCACGAGAGCAUACACAACACCUCAGAGAAGCCCUGUUCCUGUUCCGAGUGUGGGAAGUGCUUCUCCAGUAAAGGGAACCUGGAUAAGCACAUGAGAGUUCACACCGGGGAGAAGCCAUUUUCCUGUCCGGAAUGCGGCAAACUUUUUGCGCAGAAAGUGACGCUUAUUAUCCACCAGAAGACACACGUGCAACCCACCCUCCACGGUCCGCCCCCAUCGCUGGCAGCUUCCCUCCCUGCCGUGGUUUUCGGUGUCCCCAGCAAGAGUGGAAAUUGGAGCAAUUUUAAUGUUCGUAUCAAAGAAGAGAUAAGAGAAGAAAAGGAAGAGUAUAGUGCGAUGAAGGAGCCGGAGUGUGUAGCAGGACACAAGAAUCUCUACAAGGACGUCAUGAUGGAGGAUCAGCAGACCAUCGCACCACUGGGACACAAUGGCUGGAUUACCUCAGAGGGACGUCUUUUUUCAUCAGCCAAUUAUAAUAAAGAAGAUGAUGGCAUGGCACAAUGUUCUCCACGAUUAAGCAUUGCCACUCACAAUAUACAUCACAAACUCAAUCACAUGGCAAGAUCAACAGAUCCAUUUAGUUUUGACGAGCCUAAGGAUAAAUCACGUACUGUUAUCCCAAAUGUCCAACAAAGCUUUCACAGUGCAGAUCAAUCUCCAGAUGUUUCUAAUCCUGAGGGACCCUCUUCCAAUAAUUUGCAUCCUCUUCUGGAUUCUGAAAGAUCAUUCAUAAAAAAAGAAGACCUAGUUGAACCCCCAAGAACCCUCCCCGGUGAAAACCCCUUUUCUUGUUCCCAGUGCAAGAAGUCCUUCACAAAGAAAUCACAUCUGGUUGAACACCAAAGGAUCCACACCAGUGAAAAACCCUUUUCGUGUCCCGACUGUAAAAGGUCCUUCAUAAAGAAAUCACAUCUGGUUGAACAUCAGAGAAUCCACACCAGUGAGAAACCCUUUCCGUGUCCAGAGUGCGGGAAGUCCUUCAAAAAGAAAUCCAAUCUCGUUGAACACCAGAGAAUUCACGCCAAUGAAAAACCCUACUCGUGUUCAGAGUGCGAGAAGUCCUUCGUGAAGAAAUCUAAUCUUGUUGUACACCAGAAAAUUCACACCAGUGAAAAAAGCUUUUCAUGUUCUGAGUGUGAGAGGACCUUCAUGAAGAAAUCGGUGCUCAUUCAACACCAACAGAGAGUCCACACCAGUGAAAAUCCCUUUUUGUGUUCAGAAUGUAAGAGGAUCUUCAUGAACAAGUCAAAACUCAUUCAACACCUUCGAAUCCACACGGGGGAAAAGCCCUACUUGUGUACCGAGUGCGGAAAGUCUUUCAGCCUGAAAUCGAUACUCAAAACGCACCAGAGAGUUCACACCGGGGAGAAGCCCUUUUCCUGUUCAGAGUGUGGGAAGUGCUUCUCCAAUAAAGGGAACUGUGAUAAGCACAUGAGAAUUCACACCGGGGAGAAGCCGUUUUCCUGUCCAGAAUGCAGCAAAUGUUUUGCGCAGAAGGUGACGCUAGUUAUCCACCAGAGGAUACACACCACGGUCAAGAAGCCCUUUUCCUGUUCUGAGUGUGGAAAAUGCUUCUCAGAAAAAGGGAACUGUGAUAAGCACAUGAGGACUCACAAUGGCGAGAAGCCGUUUUCCUGUCCGGAAUGCGGCAAAUGUUUUGCACAGAAGGUGACACUAAUUAUCCACCAGAAAACGCACAGCACCGGAGACCACAGUGGAAACUGGAGCUACUUAAAUGUUCGUAUCAAAGAAGAGAUAAAAGAAGAAGAGGAGGAGUAUAGUGUGAUGGAGGAGUGGAGGUGUUUAGAAGAACACAAGGAUCUCUACAAGGACGUCAUGAUGGAGGAUGAGCUGCCCCUCACAUCACCGGGAGGACACAAAGGCUGGAAUGACCCAGAAGGACGUCUUCUUUUAUCUACAGAUUAUAAUAAGGACGAUGAUGACAUGGCACAGUAUUUUCCAGAAGCAAGCACUGUUACUCACAAUGUACAUCACAAAGUGAAUCCUACGGUGAAGUCAACCGAUCAACAAAUCGGUUUAAUUAUUUGGCAUCCAACAAUCAAUCACAUGCCUUUGACCCAAAUGUCCAACCAAGCAUUCCUUGUGCGGCUAAGUCCUUCUAAUCCAGAGGAAUCUCCUCUCGGUGAUUCACGUCCUUUCCAGGAUUGUGAAAAAUGUUUGGGAAAAAAACAUGUCGCGGUUGACCACAAGAGAGCUCCUACGUGGGAAAAAACCUUUUCCUGCACCGAGUGUAAAAAGUCCUUCAUGAACAAAACUGAUCUCGUUAGACACCAGAGAGUCCACUCUGGGGAGAAGCCCUUUUCCUGUUCCGAAUGUGGAAAGUGCUUUUCUGAUAAAGGAAACCGCGACAAGCACAUGAGGAUUCACACCGGGGAAAAGCCGUUUUCCUGUCCGGAAUGCGGCAAAUGUUUUGCGCAGAAGGUGACGCUGACUAUCCACCAGAAAAUACACAGGACCGACACCAGUGAGAAAAUCUUUUCGUGUUUUGUGUGUGAGAAGUCCUUUCUUAGGAGAUCAGAACUCAUUCGACACGAGAGAAUCCACACCGGGGAAAGGCCCUUCUCGUGUUCGGAGUGCGGAAAGUGUUUCACCAACAAGUCAGAACUCACAAUACACCAGAGAGUGCACACCGGCGAGAAGCCCUUUUCCUGUUCCGAGUGUGGGAAGUGUUUCUCCAAUAAAGGGAACCGUGACAAACACAUGAGGAUUCACACGGGGGAGAAGCCGUUUUCCUGCCCAUAUUGCGGCAAAUGUUUUGCACAGAAGGUAACACUAAUUAUCCACCAGAGGACACACACCACAAUAUCUACCGUUGAAAAACUCUUUCCGUGUUCUGUGUGUGAGAAGUCCUUCUUGAAGAGAUCAAAACUCGUUCGACACCACAGAACCCACACUGGAGAAAAGCCCUUCUCGUGUCCUGAGUGCGGAAAGUGCUACACACAGAAAUCGAAACUGAUUCAACACCAGAGAAACCACACCGGGGAGAAGCCCUUCUCGUGUUCCGAGUGCGAGAAGUCCUUCGUCAAUAAACCAAAACUCAUUCAACACCAGAGGAUCCACACCGGGGAAAAGCCCUUCUCGUGUUCCGAGUGCGGAAACUCUUUCAACCUACCAACACUACUCAAAACGCACCAGAGAGUUCACACCGGAGAGAAGCCCUUUUCCUGUUCCGAGUGUGGAAAAUGCUUCUCCAAUAAAGGGAACUGUGAUAAGCAUGUCAGAAUUCACACCGGUGAGAAGCCAUUUUCCUGUCCGGAAUGCGGCAAAUGCUUUGCACAGAAGGUGACGCUGACUAUCCACCAGAGAAUACACACCGGUAAAAAACUCUUUACGUGUUCUGUGUGUGAGAAGUCCUUCUCGAUUAAAUCAAGACUCGUUCGACACCAUAGAAUCCACACCGGGGAGAAGCCCUUCUCGUGUUCUGAGUGCGGAAAGUGUUAUACAAGGAAAUUAAAACUGAUUCAACACCAGAGAAACCACACCGGAGAGAAGCCCUUCUCGUGUUCCGAGUGUGAGAAGUCCUUCGUCAAUAAAUUAAGACUCAUUCAACACCAGAGGAUCCACACCGGGGAAAAGCCCUACUCUUGUGCUGAGUGCGGAAAGACUUUCAACCUACCGACACUACUCAAAGCACACCAGAGAGUUCACACCGGGGAGAAGCCCUUUUCCUGUUCCGAGUGUGGAAAGUGCUUCUCUAUUAAAGGGAACUGUGAUAAGCACAUGAGAAUUCACACUGGUGAGCGGCCAUUUUCCUGUCCGGAAUGCGGCAAAUGCUUUGCACAGAAGGUGACGCUGACUAUCCAUCAGAGAAUACACACCAGAAUUCUUGCCGGUGAAAAACCCUUUCCGUGUUCUGUGUGUGAGAAGUCCUUCUCAAUUAAAUCAAGACUCGUUCGACACCAUAGAAGCCACACCGGGGAAAAGCCCUUCUCGUGUCCUGAGUGCGGAAAGUGUUAUACAGAGAAAUCAAAACUGAUUGAACACCAGAGAACACACACUGGGGAGAAGCCCUUCUCGUGUUCCGAGUGUGGAAAGUCUUAUGCAAGGAAAUCAAGACUUAUCAAACACCAGAGAACCCACACCGGGGAAAAGCCCUUCUCGUGUUCGGAGUGUGGAAAGUGUUAUACAAGGAAAUCCAGACUUGUUGAACACCAGAGAACCCACACCGGGGAAAAUCUCUUCUCGUGUUCCGAGUGUGAGAAGUCCUUCAUCAGUAAACUAAAUUUCAUUAAACAUCAGAGGAUCCACACCGGGGAAAAGCCCUUCUCGUGUUCCGAGUGCGGAAAGUCUUUCAACCAACCGGCGCUACUCAAAACACACCAGAGAGUUCACACCGGGGAGAAGCCCUAUUCUUGUUCUGAGUGUGGAAAGUGUUUCUCCAAUAAAGGGAACUGUGAUAAGCACAUGAGAAUUCACACCGGUGAGAAGCCAUUUUCCUGUCCGGAAUGCGGCAAAUGCUUUGCACAGAAGGUGACACUCGUUCAGCACCAGAAAAUCCACACCGGGGAAAAGCCCUUCUUGUGCACUGUGUGCGGAAAGUCCUUCAUUGAUCAAUCGCAACUCAAUAGGCACCACAUAGUCCACACUGGCGAGAAGCCCUUUUCCUGUUGUGAAUGUGGAAAGCGCUUCCCCAGUAAAGGGAACCGUGACAAGCACAUGAGAAUCCACACCGGGGAGAAGCCACAUUCCUGUCCGGAAUGCGGCCAACGCUUUGUGCAGAAAGUGACACUAGUCCUCCACCAGAAGAAGCACGCCUGUGGCCAUCUCUGA